AUGUCAAAACCUUCGAUUCUUCGCAUUAUUAAUCCACAAGAGUCAUGGGUCAUGUCACCUUCUGAACUGUUGGCGAAAAGGGCUUCAGGCAUCCCGGUCGUGCAAGUGAUUGUGGUUUAUAUCGACGAUUUAAAAUACGGCGGCCAAGAGCGUCAUAACAUCAGCAUGCCACAAUCAUCACAUGCAUCACCACACCGUUAUUUUUUCUCUGCUCGGGAUAAUUGUCUCCCGGGCUCGGAGACAUAUCCGCUGGACCCUGAGGCCAGUCGGACACCCAAGCUUUCUUCUCGUAACCUUGUUCCAGUAGAGUUUGAUGAAAGGGAUGCUCGCGUAGGAAGUAACAUGCUUUUUGGUAAACAUUGUGUCACUGGUUUAGACCCGACGGGCAGAGAGGAUUCCACAAAAACAUCGCCAAGUGCAUUAUGGCAAUACACAAUCAGGGAUGGCUGGCUGCACUUCUGUCAAGAAAGCCCGGAUCCUUGUAUCCGAACAGCCUUGGACGAUGAUGACGAAGAAUGCUCACAAGGCGUCCCUGGUUCCCCGAAAAAAGAGCUCGCGGUCGCCGGCCGGCGCAUAAUCCAGGGCCCCGAAAACGUGACGAGACAGGUUCCCUGA